AUGGCCGCGAUCCAUGUGCAGAUAGGAGUGUUUGUUUUUAUUUGUUCUUGUUUGAUUCCCACCUUCCCGGUAGCACUGGAUGAAUCGAAAAUCGAUGUAUACACGACACUAAAAGCAAUUUACGGUUUAUUGGACUUUUAUAGAUCUGAAUAUCGUAAUAUGAAUUUAGACGGCGUGUUUGGUUUGCGGGUGAUCGAAGGACUCUGUUCAAAGCUAAUAGAAGAACACAAUAGAGGUCUGUACAAUCACUUGCCAGAUAAUUUAUUUCAAGAACUAAAGAAGAUCCAAUUGGAAGCCAAAACCACAGCUAAUAUGGCACUCCCCUAUAUUCAAGAGAAAGACCCAAGUUAUUUUAAACAGUUCACACCUCUAAUAGGCAGUGCAUGGCGUGUGUUCCACAGUCAUCGCAUAGCUGAUAUCACAAUUCAAAAAGUACAAAUUAAUAUAGAAAUUAAUAAUGAAGAUUUAAAUGAAGACCAGAUAGAUAUCUGUAUGUCCAAGCUGAUUGGAACUGACGUUGAUGAUCCACCGUGCACAAUAACUAACAAAUGCUGGCAGAUGAUGAUGACACCCCAACAAAACAUGUAUAUUCUAACGCAUCAAGUUCUAUAUUUCUCAUUGGCUGAACAGGUGUAUUGCACAGAGAGUAUGAAUCAGAUGGCUGCACAAAAUGGUAGAGGUGAUAUAUUACAAAUUCAACAUGAGUUGUGUUCAUCUAUGCUGAAAGAGGUGCAUAAAAUCAUACUGCUAGGGAUACCUCUACAUCUACAAGAUUUAUUCAUGGAACAAUUAUUUAUUUGUGGAAGUUUGGGAUACAUUGAUUUUAUUAAACUCAACUGGCUGAAAAGAAUGUUGUCUUGGCAAUUUUCAAAUGGUUGCUUUGGUGAGAAGUUGUCAUCAGAAGUAAAAAAAGACAGGAAGUUGCUACGUACAAAAGAAUUGAAAGAUGGUUGCGAAUCACAUAUGACGUCUGUAGCGGGAGCGGCAUUGAUAGUAUAUUUACGCUAUUUCAUUGAUCCAGGACCUCCUGGUUUUCAAGUGAACUUUGAAUCAAAUGAAGAGGACCAGAAUGAACGUCCCUAUGAUGAUUUUGAUUCUCAAAUCAGUAAUGCACACGUUGAAUUUCAUCCAGUGUUCCAACAAAAACUUUUGUAUUUUAUCAUCAUCAUGGUUUUUCUAGUCCUAGCAGUAUUCCUGAUAAGACGAUUAUUCAACCAAAGACAAAUAGCACUGAAAAAAUCUUUUUUAUGA